UGGACAGGAGAGGACUUCAAGAGUGAAGUGAAGCUGUAGACAAGACGAGGAAACCUCUGGAGUCAACACCCGUCGUCUAGACAAACAAGACAACCUUGACUCUCACCUACCCGUGUCACACACACGUGAAAACUUGUGCAUGUGCACAGACUUUGCGCACAUUUAAAACAGCAACAUGUUUGAGGAGCAGGCGACCAAGGUUAAGAUCACUUCUGUGGUGAUUGUGGUGGGCAUGGCGACGAUGCUGGCGGCGGUGGUGACCGACCACUGGGCCGUGCUCAGCCCCCGGGUGGAGAAGCUAAACGCCACCUGCGAGGCGGCCCACUUUGGCCUCUGGAGGCUCUGCAAGAAGAUCAUCUUCAUCGUGGAGGAAGACCCUCAGGGCAAAGGCUGCGGUCCCAUCAGCCUACCUGGAGCACAAAACUGUUCCUACUUCAAACACUUUACCUCGGGGGAAGAAGCUGAAGUUUUUGAAGUGAAGACACAGAAAGAGUACAAUAUAUCAGCAGCAGCCAUUGCCAUCUUCAGUCUGAUCUUUAUGAUCCUGGGCACCAUCUGUGUCAUCUUCUCUUUCGGGAAGGGACGGGACUACCUGCUCCGGCCUGCUGGGAUGUUCUUCGCCUUCGCAGGUCUUUGUAUUAUCAUAUCUGUUGAGGUAAUGCGCCAGUCUGUCAAACGCAUGAUUGACAGUGAUGAGACCAUCUGGAUUGAAUACUACUACUCCUGGUCCUUCACCUGUGCCUGCGCCUCCUUCACGCUGCUCAUCCUCAGCGGGGGUGCCCUGCUCCUCAUCUCCAUGCCCAACAUGCCCCGUAACCCCUGGGAGACCUGCAUGGACGCCGAGCCGGACACAUUAGAUUAGCCACAGGUGAUACAAUGUCUGAAAGCCUGGGUAAAAAGACGAAAAUUACACCUACACCUUGAGCCCUUUAACUGAUGUUGUCCUAGUUAUUCCCACCUCCCUUGUCCAUUGAGCUUAGUUCAUGUUAGUAAGAUAUUAUAAUCAACUUGGAGAGACUUGUGAUAGUUAACCAGCCGCAACAAAAACUAUGAAUUUCACCUUAUCUUUACGGGGUAAAGCAGUGAGAAUAUGACUUGUUUGGAAACCUCUUCCUUUUUGAGGCGUUCAAGACCAGAGGAAUGGUUAAGUAACAUCUGAGACUUAAGAGUCAUCUGCCGAGCGGAACCAAAACCAAACGUAUCUUUUAUACAAAGUCCAUGUGUGCUUAUUAAUUGUUUUUGGGCUUUGGUUUAGUGAGUUUAUGCCAAACAAACAAUGCCAUACUGAUAGACAAUCAAAACUGUAAUGUUAAAUUGUUUAUGGUCAAUCAGUACGAUUAUCUGUCCUUCAAAUUAAAGUACAAUUAUUUUCCAAUCUCUGUUAAAUACUGAACAAUAUAAUUGUAAAGAACAAAGUAUGUCAACAAGCAGACCAGACACGAUUAAACCUCAAGACUUAAAUGAUUCAAUACAAAAGACCAGGCAAGUUUAACAAAAGAAAGACUGGUUUGGAUUGUACCACACAGAUAAAAAUGGUGAGCUAUUGAACUGAAAGGCUGUCUUUUAAGUGCAGCAGUGGGUCGUUGUAAUGGCUUUUUCUCACUUCAGCCUCUUCUUUUCUCAAAGGACUUUCUAAAACCAAUCUAUACCAUUGAUUGUCCAUAGAGGAACACUUGCCAGAUACUCCAGUGUUGAUCAGUCGGUUAUUUCAGGUCAAUGUUCAGGACCUCUGGUGUCUUAACCUCCAAUCCACUAUUGUCCACAGCGUUUGCUAAACAGCAGGGUUAUGCUUUAAAUGUUAAGAAAAGUUAUCUACAUAAAAAAAUUAACACAUAUAAAAAAAUGUCAUAACAUAAAUCUUAAAAAAAGGUUUUGGUGGGUUUUAAUAAAUGUACGUGUUUGUGGCAAUUCCAUUUUCAAUUGCAAUUUUUUAUUAAAUUGUGUGACUUUAAUAACAGCAUGCUGCUUAAAUGUUUACUUGAAAUAAAACAUAUAUAUGAGUAUGAAAUGAUAAUCUUUUCAUUUAAGGGUUGCCUUUGAUUUGAAAAUGGUACCUUAAAGCAUUAAGAUUUGAUCGAGUUGCAUAUUAUAUUGGACCUAUAUUUAACUUAAAGGUGGGGUAGGUAAGUUUGAGAAACCGGCUCGAGAUACACUUUGUGUUAUAUUCCAUGGAAUGCUCUUAACAUCCUGAUAACAAUGAGUAUCUUAAGUGCUUUGACAAAAAAUCCA